AUUAUUAUUCAACUUAGGCGUGUAAAUUUAUUUUAUUAUCUCGUACAACAAACGGAGUGAGUGAAUGGACUUUGAAUUAGACAUUAUACCGGUUUAGUAGCAAGUUAUCGCGUCGCCAUUUCAAUAUAUUUAAAUACAAAAUGAACAAAUUAAUAGGAAUUACUAGAAACUUUUCUAAUUCCACGUCCUUAAAUGCUAUUAAAACGGUCACGGUUGUCGGAGGGGGUCUUAUGGGAUCUGGCAUUGCUCAGGUCGCAGCACAAGCUGGCCAAAAUGUAACAAUAAUAGAUCUAAAACCAGAAUUACUGGAGAAAGCUCAGAAAUCUAUUCAGAAUAAUCUUAAUCGGGUCGCUAGAAAAGCGUAUAAAGAUGACCCAGCAAAGAUUGAAGCUUUUGUUAAAGAAGCAAGUGACAGAAUUAAAAUUUCAACUAAAAUAGAAGAUGGAGUUAAUGUUGAUCUAAUUGUUGAAGCUAUUGUUGAGAGGCUCGAUGUUAAGCAAGAGUUGUUCAACAAACUCGAUCAGCUAUGUCCUGAAAAUACCAUUCUUGCAAGUAACACAUCAUCAAUUUCAAUUAAUGAGAUUGGAGCGGGUAUCAAAAGGAAGGACAGAUUUGGAGGUCUUCAUUUCUUCAACCCUGUACCCGUGAUGCGUCUCUUGGAAGUCAUUAAGGGUGAUCAUAUAUCUGAAGAAACAUACCAAACUAUGAUGGCCUGGGGCAAAUCUGUUGGAAAGACUUGUAUUACUUGCAAAGACACUCCUGGAUUUGUGGUCAACAGAUUGCUCGGACCGUACAGUGCUGAGGCACUAAGGAUGUAUGAGAGAGGUGAUGCCUCAGCUCGUGAUAUCGAUACAGCUAUGAAGUUAGGUGCAGGUUAUCCUAUGGGUCCAUUGGAGUUAGCUGACUUCACUGGUUUAGACAACAAGAAAUCUAUUUUAGCUGUAAUGUUAGAGAAAACUGGCAACCCCGUGUUUAGACAAGUAACAAUUAUAGACAAAUUGGUUAGCGAAGGGAAAUAUGGAAGAAAGAGUGGGGAAGGAAUUUAUAAAUACAAUAAUUAAUCAAUCUUUUUUCUCUAGAAAGACUAAUUAAAUCCAUUGCCUUAUAUCUUGGGACCAGUUUAAAAAAAAUUAUAAUUUGCAAAAUGUGAUAUUUAUACUUAGAUAAUUCAAGCCGUGUAAAGAAUUAAUGAAAGGGUUAAUGUGGUCAAGAACGAAAUGGGACUUUAUGAUCGAGUUACGUACAGAAA